UUGACAGAAAGAAUGUUCAAACAUCUUCAGAAAUGGUUUGUCACUCACUUUCUUGGGCGUCCUGCGCAAAGAGCAAGGCUGGUCUCCAAAGACGGAAGGUGUAACAUCGAAUUUGGCAACGUAGAGGCACAGUCGAGGCUGAUAUUCUUUGUGGACAUCUGGACGACGGUGCUGGACCUCAAGUGGAGAUACAAAAUGACCAUCUUCAUCACAGCCUUCUUGGGGAGCUGGUUCUUCUUUGGCCUCCUGUGGUAUGCGGUCGCCUACAUCCACAAAGAUCUCCCUGAGUUCCAUCCUUCCGCCAACCACACCCCUUGCGUGGAGCACAUCAAUGGCCUGACCUCAGCUUUUCUGUUUUCUCUGGAAACGCAAGUGACCAUUGGCUAUGGAUUCAGGUGUGUGACGGAACAGUGUGGCACUGCCAUUUUCCUGCUUAUCUUCCAGUCUAUCCUUGGGGUCAUCAUCAAUUCUUUCAUGUGUGGUGCUAUUUUAGCCAAGAUCUCCCGGCCCAAACAACGCGCCAAGACCGUUACUUUCAGCAAGCAUGCGGUGAUCAGUAAGCGGGGUGGGAAGCUCUGUCUCUUGAUCCGAGUGGCUAACCUUCGGAAGAGCCUCCUUAUUGGCAGUCACAUAUAUGGAAAGCUUCUGAAGACCACCAUCACGCCUGAAGGAGAGACCAUCAUUUUGGACCAGAUCAAUAUCAACUUUGUGGUGGACGCAGGGAAUGAAAAUUUAUUUUUCAUCUCCCCGCUGACAAUUUACCAUGUCAUCGACCACACUAGCCCCUUCUUCCACAUGGCAGCAGAAACCCUUCCCCAGCAGGACUUUGAAUUAGUGGUGUUUUUAGACGGUACGGUGGAAUCAACCAGUGCUACCUGCCAAGUCCGGACAUCCUACGUCCCAGAAGAGGUGCUCUGGGGCUAUCGUUUUGCUCCCAUGGUGUCCAAGACCAAGGAAGGGAAAUACCGAGUAGAUUUCCAUAACUUUAGCAAAACAGUGGAAGUGGAGACGCCGCACUGUGCCAUGUGCCUGUAUAAUGAGAAAGAUGCUCAAGCCAGGAUGAAGAGAGGCUAUGACAACCCCAACUUCAUCUUGUCCGAAGUCAGCGAGACAGACGACACCAAAAUGUAA